AUGUGUGAGAAUUAUGAUAUUCUAUUUCCAGACCAACCAGUGGUUGAUCUUUAUCUUCCAAUGUGGGCUAAACAUCAGCAUUUGGCCAAUAAACCUGCUUUCAAGUGGGUUGAUGAAGCAGGCAAUGAGCAGUGCAGUUUGACAUACUCAGAGCUCCAUGCUUCUGCAUCCACCAUUGCCUCAAAUCUUAGAAGUACACUGCGAAAAGGUGAUACAGUUUUGAUUCUCUGCCCACCUGGGAUUGAAUUUGUGGGAACCAUUUUUGGGUGCCAAAGAGCUGGGCUAGUGAGUGUUCCCAUGCUUCCUCCUCAUCCAUCCUUCUCUUCUCAGGAGGACUGCCUUAAACUCGUAAGGAUACUGCAACAGAUUCAACCCAAGGCUGCCAUAGCUCAUCCUACCUAUAUUUCAAGUGUCAUGAAGAAGAAUGAUGCUAAUGAAAUGGGUAUUUUGUUGAAGAAAAUGCAGUGGAUAUCACUGGUAUCCUUAUUCAAAGCCAAUGGACCAGAGAUAUCAUUAAUUAAUGGAGGUGAGAACAAAUACAGUGGGUGUAGAGAAGAAGACCUUUAUUUGAUACAGUACACUUCUGGGGCAACAGGUAACCCUAAGCCAGUCAUGAUAACAGCAGGAUCUGCAGCACACAAUGUAAGAGAAGCAAGAAAAGCAUAUGAUCUUGAGCCAUGGAGUGUCAUAGUUUCAUGGCUUCCUCAGUAUCAUGAUUGUGGUCUAAUGUUCCUUCUACUCACCAUUGUUAGUGCUGCAACCUGUAUUUUAACUUCUCCAUUCAUGUUCAUCAAAAGGCCAACCUUGUGGCUGGAAAUGGUGAGUAAAUACAAGGCUACCUGCACACCAGUACCAUCUUUUGCCCUUCCUCUUGUGCAAAACUACAUGAGCAGUGGAUCUAAGGGAGAGUCACACAUCAAACUGAAUCUAGAAACCCUAAGAAAUCUUAUAGUGAUUAAUGAACCUAUAUAUGGUACUGUUGUGGAAAGCUUUGUCAAGAAGUUUUCGGUAUAUGGUCUGAGUGCUUCUGCCAUGGCUCCAUCCUAUGGACUUGCAGAAAACUGUACAUUUGUAUCUACUGCAUGGGGACCCAAUAUAAGCCAAACUCCUACUUACAGAGGCCUUUUGCCUUGUGCAAGAAUUUGCUCACAAUUGGAACUCGACAUUGAAAUGAUAGUUGUUGAUCCAAAGACUUGUGAAGAAGUAGAAGCAGGCGAAGAAGGUGAGAUUUGGAUCUCUUCUCCAAGCAAUGCAGACGGCUACCUCGACAACCCUUGGCUUACAAACGAGGUAUUCCUAGCAAGGCCAAAGAGAAAAGGAGAUUGGGACAAAGGAAGAUUUUACUUAAGAACAGGAGAUAUGGGUGUUAUUACAAAAGGCAUUGAUCAGUAUUUGUAUAUAACUGGUCGUCUCAAGGACAUUAUAAGAGCAAGAGAUCGUUUGGUGCAUCCUCACUAUCUUGAAACAACUGCUUUCAUGAGCUGUACUCAGAGUUUGAGAGCAGGUUGUGCUGCUGCCUUUGAAGCAGACAUAACUAGAUCUAACAAAAAAGUAAUAGUAGUACUUGCUGAACUGCAGAAUUUUGAGCAUAAAUAUAUCACAGCCCAAGAUGAAGGUAGGAUGAAAAGAAUUUGUGAAAAUAUUUAUUUGUGUAUUGAGAAGGAGCAUGGAGUGGCUGUUGGCUUUGUUGGGUUGGUUAAGGCUCGGUGUAUUCCAAAGACUACAUCAGGGAAGUUACAGAGAUGGAAAACAGGAAGACAAUUAAUGACAGGUGAGAUGGAACUAGUACACAAAGAAUGGUUUGGACUGGGUAAUUAUAAUAAUGUCUUGUUCAUGUGCUGUAAUGGGAGGGAUCUCUGUGAGAGAUGUAGAGGGCUACAACUGCAAGAAUUCACGGACAAUGCCAGCACUGAAGUGAAUUAUGGUUUUCUGAAAUCGUUGAUGUAA